CGGCGGAGGCGGCGCUGCGGACCCGGGGGAAACUGCUGGCUGACAGGACACCCGGGAGAGACGUGAGGGAGCCGCCGCUGCCGCCUCUUACCCCCGAGCGGAGCUGGGCUCGAGAGGGCGACCCUGUGCUCCCCUGGCCCGCGGGCCAGCCGGCGCGAGGCAGAGGCGGGAAGCCGGUCUCGGCCCGGCCAGGCUCCGGGCGGCGGAGGCCGCGGAGCAGCAGCCUCGGCGCGACGUGGAGGGCUGGAGGCGGCGGCGAUGCACUAGGCCUCUCUCUGGGGCGGCUGCCCGGGACCGCAGUAGAGUGGUGAUUUUAUGCAAUGGCUUCAAGCCACAGUUCUUCACCAGUGCCUCAAGGAAGCAGCAGUGAUGUUUUCUUUAAAAAAGAGGUAGAUCCAACAAAACACAUUCGACCUGUGCAGUCACUGCGAGAUGUAUGUCCCAAGGAACCCACAGUUACAGAUCAAAAUAGAUGGACUAUAUAUCAUUCCAAAGUAAAUCUCCCGGCAGCACUAAAUGAUCCUAGAUUAGCAAAAAGAGAAUCUGAUUUCUUCACAAAAACAUGGGGAUUGGACUUUGUGGACACCGAAGUCAUACCUUCAUUCUACCUCCCACAGAUCAGCAAGGAACAUUUUACAGUAUAUCAACAGGAAAUCUCUCAGAGAGAGAAGAUACAUGAGAGAUGCAAGAAUAUUUGUCCUCCUAAAGAUACCUUUGACAGGACUCUUUUACAUACUCAUGAUAAAUCCAGGACAGAUCUGGAGCAAGUACCUAAGAUUUUUAUGAAACCAGAUUUUGCCUUGGACUAUUCCUUAACUUUUAAUUCAGUUUUACCAUGGUCUCAUUUUAAUACUGCUGGUGGAAAAGGAAAUCGUGAUGCAGCUUCCUCAAAGUUGCUUCAAGAAAAGCUGAGCCAUUAUCUGGACAUUGUGGAAGUAAACAUUGCUCAACAGAUCUCUCUACGUUCAGAAGCAUUUUUUCAUGCAAUGACCUCUCAACAUGAAUUGCAGGACUACCUCAAGAAAACUUCCCAAGCUGUAAAAAUGCUUCGAGAUAAAAUUGCACAGAUUGAUAAAGUAAUGUGUGAAGGAUCACUACACAUUUUAAGACUGGCACUUACCAGAAAUAAUUGUGUUAAAAUAUACAAUAAACUGAAGUUAAUGGCCACUGUACACCAAACUCAGCCUACAGUGCAGGUGUUAUUAUCUACUUCUGAAUUUGUUGGAGCAUUGGACUUAAUAGCAACAACACAGGAGGUUCUACAGCAGGAACUUCAGGGCAUUCACAGUUUUCGGCAUUUGGGAUCACAGCUUUGUGAAUUAGAAAAACUGAUAGAUAAAAUGAUGAUUGCAGAAUUUUCUACUUACUCUCAUAGUGAUUUAAAUAGACCACUAGAAGAUGACUGUCAAGUUUUAGAAGAGGAAAGACUAGUAUCUCUUGUAUUUGGACUUUUAAAACAAAGAAAACUUAAUUUUUUAGAAAUGUAUGGUGAAGAAAUGAUUAUUACAGCAAAGAAUAUCAUUAAACAGUGUGUGAUUAAUAAGGUUUCACAAAUAGAAGAAAUAGACACAGAUGUUGUUAUGAAGCUUGCAGAUCAGAUGAGAAUGUUGAAUUUUCCCCAGUGGUUUGACCUGUUAAAGGAUAUUUUUUCUAAGUUUAAAAUUUUCCUACAGAGAGUUAAGGCAACAUUGAAUAUCAUUCAUAAUGUUGUUCUCUCAGUUCUUGACAAAAACCAAAGGACUCGAGAAUUGGAGGAAAUUUCACAGCAGAAAAAUGCUGCAAAAGUUAAUUCGCUGGAUACAGAAGUGGCUUAUUUAAUCCCUGAAGGCAUGUUUAUAAGUGAUGCAUUCAGUGAGGGUGAAUUAGCACCUAUAGUAGUUGACACUACCUCGCAAAGAAAUGCAUCUCCAAAUAGUGAGCCCUGCAGCAGUGAUUCAGUAUCUGAACCAGAAUGUACUACUGAUUCUUCGUCUAGCAAAGAGCAGACAUCAUCAUCUGCUACUCCAGGAGGUGUGGAUAUUAUGGUCAGUGAAGACAUGAAAUUAACUGACUUAGAGCUGGGGAAGCUGGCAAAUAAUAUCCAAGAGUUAUUGAAUAGUGCCUCAGAUAUAUGUCAUGAUCGAGCCGUCAAAUUUCUCAUGUCAAGAGCAAAGGAUGGUUUUCUUGAGAAGUUAAAUUCCACGGAAUUCAUUACACUUUCUAGAUUAAUGGAAACAUUCAUUUUAGAGACAGAACAGAUCUGUGGAAGAAAAAGCAUGUCAUUACUUGGAGCACUUCAAAGCCAAGCUAAUAAAUUUGUAAAUAGAUUUCAUGAAGAGAGAAAAACCAAGCUCAGUCUCCUCUUAGACAAUGAGCGCUGGAAGCAAGCUGAUGUUCCUGCAGAAUUUCAGGAUCUUGUUGAUUCUAUAUCAGAUGGAAAGAUUGCUUUACCUGAAAAAAAAUCAGGGGAAGAAAGAAAACCAGCUGAAGUUCUCAUUGUUGAGGGACAACAGUAUGCUGUUGUUGGAACUGUAUUGCUGUUAAUAAGAAUUAUCCUUGAAUAUUGCCAGUGUGUGGAUAACAUCCCAUCUGUUACUACUGACAUGCUUACUCGUCUGUCAGAUUUGUUGAAGUACUUCAAUUCAAGAAGUUGCCAGUUAGUUCUUGGAGCUGGUGCAUUGCAAGUUGUUGGACUAAAAACAAUAACUACAAAAAAUUUGGCUCUUUCUUCACGAUGUUUGCAGUUAAUUGUGCACUACAUUCCUGUGAUCCGGGCUCAUUUUGAAGCUCGACUACCACCUAAGCAAUAUAACAUGCUUAGGCAUUUUGAUCAUAUCACUAAGGAUUACCAUGACCACAUUGCUGAAAUAUCAGCUAAACUUGUAGCGAUAAUGGAUAGCUUAUUUGACGAGCUGUUAUCAAGGAAUAUUUGUAAGCAAAUGGCCAAAAUGCAUGAAGCUAUAUUUGAUCUUCCAGAAGAACAAACACAGAUGUUAUUUUUAAGAAUUAAUGCAAGUUAUAAACUUCACUUGAAAAAGCAGUUAUCUCACUUAAAUGUGAUAAAUGAUGGAGGACCUCAAAAUGGGUUGGUCACAGCAGAUGUAGCUUUUUACACUGGAAAUCUUCAAGCCUUAAAAGGUCUUAAAGAUUUGGACCUAAAUAUGGCAGAGAUCUGGGAACAGAAGAGGUGACAACUCACUGGAAAACUGGGUAGUUCAUCUAACCAUGGGACAUGUAUGUUUCUGAAGAAUAUCUGAAUGCCUGUGUUUCGAGAACCUGGAACCCAAAGUGAACUGAGGUGGGGGAAAGGGAAAAGGAAAGUAUCAGUGUUGGGAAACUGGAUUCAGUGGGAUCUACAAGGAAUGCCAUUUUUGUGCAUUCUUAAGUGAGGAGUAACUGAUCAGGUGUCUAUAACAUUUUUCAUUCUCUCUGGAAACAGACUCAGGUUUCUUUGGACCAAAUCCAAAAGAACACAUAGCUGUAACACAGCUGUAGUUGACUAGAAUGCUCUGUAUACUUUAUAUUAAAAAAUGCUUUGCAUUUCUUCCAGUGCAAUGAAAUUCAUACGGUGUCCCACCUUAUUUAAUGAUGGUACAAUUUAAAAUAUUAAAAUCUUAGUCAACCUCUGUAGAAAGUUUUCUCUAUGAAAGUAAAGCUGUUUGAAAAAUUAUUUUUUUACAGAUCUUUCUAUAAAAAAUAAACAUCUUUUGAUUGCUUGGA